GGACAGGGUGGGGCGGGACAGCUGGCUGCCUGCCGAGAGCCAAACCAGAAACGAAAGCACUCUGGCUAGGAUUGAGCCUGGAAUCAGAACUUCCAGGAGAGACAGUACACAAGCUAGCCAGAGCUGGGACCCUGGAGGCUGGAGAGAGAUUCUCGCUCCUCCUGCCCAAAGGCACGGGGCUGAGUGAGAGCAGAGGUGAGGUGUCUGCCCCCCCAUUUGGGGGGGCAGGACAGGGCCUCCGACCUGGGUGCUGUCUACCACCUGGAAGAUGCCUGUGCCCUGGUUCCUGCUGUCCUUGGCACUUGGUCGAAGCCCCGUAGUCCUCUCUCUGGAGAGACUCGCGGGGCCUCAGGAUGCUGUUCACUGCUCUCCGGGCCUCUCCUGCCACCUCUGGGAUGGUGACGUGCUCUGCCUCCCUGGGAGUAUCGUGUCUGCCCCAGAACCUGUGCUGGUGCCCACACACCUGCAGACAGAGCUAGUGCUGAGGUGCCAUCAGGAGACUGACUGUGAACUCUGUGUGCGUGUGGUCAUCCACUUGACUGUGCAUGGGCACUGGGAAAAGCCUGAAGAUGAGGAACGAUUUGGAAGAGCAGCUGACCUAGAGUUUGAGGAGCCUAGGAAUGCUUCUCUCCAGGCCCAAGUCGUGCUCUCCUUCCAGGCCUACCCUACAGCCCGCUGUGUCCUGCUGGAGGUGCAAGUACCUGCUGCCCUUGUGCAGCCUGGUCAGUCUGUGGGCUCUGUAGUAUUUGACUGCUUCGAGGCUGCUCUGGGGGCUGAGGUGCGAAUCUGGUCAUACACUCAGCCCAGGUACAAGAAGGAACUCAAUUUCACACAGCAGCUGCCUGACUGCAGGGGGCUUGAAGUCCGGGACAGCAUCCAGAGCUGCUGGGCCCUGCCCUGGCUCAAUGUGUCUGCAGAUGGUGAUGAUGUGCACCUGGUGCUGGAAGUCUCUGAGGAGCAGCACUUUGGCCUCUCCCUGUACUGGAACCAGGUCCAGGGCCCUACAAAACCCUGGUGGCACAGAAACCUGACAGGGCCGCAGACCAUUACCCUGAACCACACAGACCUGGUUCCCUGUCUCUGUAUUCAGGUGUGGCCUCUGGAGCUCGACUCUGUCAGGACGAGCAUCUGCCCCUUUAGGAAGGACCCCCGCGCAUAUCGCAACCUCUGGCGUGCCACCCGCCUACAGCUGCUGCAUCCGCUGGGCUGGCGGCUGGAUGCGCCGUGCUCGCUGCCUGCUGAGGCCACACUGUGUUGGCAGGCACUCGGCGGGGGCCCCUGCCAAUCGCUGGUUCCGCCGCUGCCCCGAGAGAAUGUCACUGUGAACAAGGCCCUUGAUUUCCCAUUGCUUAAAGGCCACCCCAACCUUUGUGUCCAGCAGGUGAGCAGCUGGGAGAAGGUUCAGCUGCAAGAAUGCUUGUGGUCUGACUCUCUGGGGCCCCUCAAGGAUGAUAUGCUGCUGGUGGAGACACGAGGCCCCCAGGCCAACAGAUCACUCUGUGCCUUGGAACUCAGUGGCUGCACCCCACUGCUCAGCAGGGCCUCCACGGUGACAGCUCCCUACCUCUUGGCUUGGCAGAGGGCAGCUCGUCUUGGAGAGCAGUUACUACAAGACCUGCAGUCAGGCCAGUGUCUGCAGCUGUGGGAUGAUGACCUGGGAGCAUUAUGGGCCUGCCCCAUGGACAAGUAUAUCCACCAGCGCUGGGCCCUGGUGUGGCUGGCCUGCCUACUCUUUGCCGCUGUGCUUUUCCUUCUCCUCCUUCUCAAAAAGGACCAUGUGAAAGUGUGGCUGAGGCUCUUGAAAGAGGAUGUCCGCGCGGGGGUAGCCUCCAGAGGCCGCGCGGCUCUGCUCCUCUACUCCGCCGACAACGCGGACUUUGAGCGCCUGGUGGGCGCCCUGGCGUCAGCGCUGUGCCAGCUGCCUCUACGCGUGGCCGUGGACCUGUGGAGCCGUCGUGAAUUGAGUGCGCAGGGGGCCCUGGCCUGGUUCCACGCGCAGCGGCGACAGACUCUGCAGGAGGGUGGAGUGGUGGUCCUGCUCUUCUCGCCCGGGGCCGUGGCGCUGUGCCGCGAGUGGAUGCAGGACGGGGCGUCGGCGACCGGGGCUCACGGUCCGCACGACGCCUUCGCCGCCUCACUCAACUGUGUGCUGCCCGACUUCAUGCAGGGCCGGGCGCCCGGCCGCUACGUCGGGGCCUACUUCGAUAGUCUGCUCCACCGGGACGCCGUGCCCUCCCUGUUCCUUGCCGUGCCGGUCCUCGCUCUGCCCUCCCAGCUGCCCGACUUCCUGCGGGCCCUGCAAGGACCCGGCCUAUCCCACCCGGGUCGUCUCGCGGACAGGGCAGAGCAAGUGUCCCAGGCCCUUCAGCCCGCCCUGGGCUGCUGCGUCGGUCCCCUAGGAACCCCAGAGACAGGACGCGAGAUGGGACUUGAAGCAGGGGACGGGACUUGAAUAAAGGCAAACGCCAUUUUUCUAUCCA